UAUUUUUUUUCCUCCUCUGAGAAAAAGAAAGAAAGAGAAGUGGAGAGAGAAAGGAGAGUUGUUCGAGUUCGUCGUCUCUCCUCUCUCUACCGUGUGGUUUGUUGCUCGUCUUCAUCGAUCUAUGGUUUUUCGUUCUUGAGAAGAUCUGUAGCUGUUUCGUCGGAUUUCGGUUUAUUUGAAGUGUCUGGAGAAGCAGGGAGGCCGUUGCGAUGUCGUCUCUCAGUAGAGAGCUCGUCUUUUUGAUAUUGCAGUUUCUGGAUGAGGAAAAAUUCAAGGAGACCGUUCACAAACUUGAACAGGAAUCGGGUUUCUUCUUUAACAUGAAGUAUUUCGAAGAUGAAGUUCAUAAUGGAAAUUGGGAUGAGGUUGAGCGGUAUCUUUCGGGUUUCACCAAAGUGGAUGACAACCGGUAUUCAAUGAAGAUAUUCUUUGAAAUUAGGAAGCAGAAAUACCUUGAGGCAUUGGAUAAGCAUGAUCGCGCCAAAGCUGUAGAUAUUCUUGUAAAGGAUCUGAAGGUUUUUGCUUCUUUUAAUGAAGAGCUGUUCAAAGAAAUCACACAGCUAUUAACAUUAGAGAAUUUUAGGGAAAAUGAGCAACUCUCCAAAUAUGGAGAUACAAAGUCUGCUAGAACAAUCAUGUUGGUUGAGCUAAAGAAGCUUAUUGAAGCUAAUCCUCUAUUCCGUGACAAAUUGCAGUUUCCUAGUCUCAAAAACUCAAGGCUAAGAACCCUCAUUAACCAAAGCUUGAAUUGGCAGCAUCAACUUUGUAAAAACCCAAGGCCUAACCCAGAUAUAAAAACACUUUUUGUUGACCAUACUUGUGGUCAACCAAAUGGUGCACGCGCCCCUUCACCUGCAAACAAUCCUCUUCUAGGAUCUAUACCAAAAGCUGGAGGCUUUCCUCCAUUGGGUGGACAUGCGCCUUUUCAACCUGCUCCAGCACCAGUUCCGACCCCACUUGCUGGUUGGAUGUCUAAUCCAUCUAAUGUAACUCAUCCAGCAGUUUCUGGAGGACCGAUUGGCCUCGGUGCUCCUACAAAUCCAGGUACUGCUAUUUUGAAGCAUCCUAGGACUCCCCCAACUAAUAAUCCUGCUGUCGAUUAUUCAUCAGGGGAUCCUGAUCAUGUAUCUAAAAGAACAAGACCCAUGGGAAUUUCUGAUGAGGUUAAUCUGCCUGUUAAUAUAUUGCCGGUAACUUAUCCUGGUCAGAGCCACAGUCAGGCUUUUAAUACACCAGAUGACUUGCCUAAGACUGUUGCACGGACAUUGACACAGGGGUCAUGCCCAAUGAGCAUGGACUUCCAUCCUGUUCAACAAACAUUACUUCUGGUUGGUACCAAUGUUGGGGACAUUGGACUCUGGGAAAUUGGUUCUAGGGAGAGGUUGGUUCUAAGAAACUUCAAGGUUUGGGAUCUUGGAGCAUGUUCAAUGCCUCUUCAGGCAGCUUUAGUUAAAGAUCCUGGUGUAUCUGUUAACCGUAUAACAUGGAGCCCAGAUGGUUGUUUGUUUGGAGUUGCAUACUCAAGACACAUUGUGCAAAUAUAUUCUUACCAUGGUGGUGAUGAUGUGCGGCAGCACCUAGAGAUUGAUGCGCAUGUUGGUGGUGUAAAUGAUCUGGCAUUCUCUCACCCUAAUAAACAACUAUGUGUUAUAACUUGUGGUGAUGACAAGACAAUUAAGGUGUGGGAUGCAGCUACUGGUGCAAAACAGUAUACUUUUGAAGGUCAUGAUGCUCCUGUUUUUUCUGUAUGCCCUCACUACAAGGAAAACAUCCAGUUUAUCUUUUCAACAGCAUUGGAUGGAAAGAUAAAAGCAUGGCUGUAUGAUAAUUUGGGUUCUAGGGUGGACUACGAAGCUCCUGGUCAUUGGUGUACAACAAUGGCUUAUAGUGCUGAUGGGACAAGGCUCUUUUCAUGUGGAACCAGUAAAGAAGGUGAGUCGUACAUUGUUGAAUGGAAUGAAAGUGAAGGGGCAGUAAAGAGAACCUAUCAAGGAUUUAGGAAACGUUCCAUGGGUGUUGUUCAAUUUGAUACAACUAGGAACCGAUAUUUGGCUGCUGGUGAUGAAUUUUCCAUCAAAUUUUGGGAUAUGGAUAAUGUUAAUCUUUUGACAACUAUUGAUGCUGAUGGAGGUCUACAAGCAAGUCCACGUAUCCGCUUCAACAAGGAGGGCACGUUAUUGGCUGUUUCUACGAAUGACAAUGGAAUUAAAAUCUUGGCAAAUGCUGAUGGAUUGCGGUUAUUACGAACAUUUGAAAAUCGUUCUUUUGAUGGCCCUAGAGUUGUAUCUGAAACUGUAACAAAGCCUACAAUUAGCCAGAUUACAGCUGUUACAGCUGCAAGUGCUACUGGACAUGCAGAUAGAGGUGCCUCUGUGGUUGCUAUUACUGCAAUGAAUGGGGAUGCACGGAACUUGGGAGAUGUAAAACCUAGAAUAACUGAAGAUGUCAAUGAAAAAUCAAAGAUUUGGAAGCUUACUGAAAUUAGUGAACAGGCUCAGUGUCGAUCUUCGAGGCUUCCUGAUAAUAACUUGAGAACAAACAAGAUAUCAAGGUUGAUUUACACUAAUUCUGGCACUGCCAUUUUGGCAUUAGCAUCAAAUGCCAUUCAUCUACUUUGGAAAUGGCAGCGAAAUGAGCGUAAUUCAACUGGCAAGGCUACAGCCAGUGUUGCUCCUCAGUUAUGGCAACCAUCAAGUGGUAUACUAAUGACCAAUGACAUAGUUGAUACCAAUCCUGAAGAUGCUGUUCCCUGUUUUGCUUUGUCCAAGAAUGAUUCUUACGUUAUGUCUGCAUCAGGAGGAAAAAUUUCCCUGUUUAACAUGAUGACCUUUAAGACAAUGACAACAUUCAUGCCUCCACCACCUGCAGCAACAUUUCUUGCUUUUCAUCCUCAAGAUAACAAUAUAAUUGCUAUUGGCAUGGAUGACUCUACAAUACAAAUAUAUAAUGUCCGAGUAGAUGAGGUCAAAAGCAAGCUUAAAGGGCACACCAAAAGAAUCACUGGUCUUGCCUUUUCUCAUGUUUUGAAUGUACUAGUUUCAUCUGGAGCUGAUGCUCAGCUGUGUGUGUGGAACUCUGAAGGAUGGGAAAAGCAGAAAAGCAGAUUCUUGCAGAUACCAGCUGGAAGAACACCAACAGCUUUGUCAGACACACGAGUGCAGUUUCACCAAGAUCAAAUACACUUCCUGGUUGUCCAUGAGACACAGCUUGCCAUAUAUGAAACAAUAAAACUAGAGAUUGUGAAGCAGUGGGUUCCAACUACUGCACCAAUCUCCCAUGCAACAUUCUCAUGUGAUAGCCAGUUAAUAUAUGCCAGCUUUUUGGAUGCAACUGUGUGCAUAUUUAGUGCAACAAAUCUCCGAUUACGAUGUCGGAUUAACCCAACAGCUUAUCUUCCAGUUAAUGUCAGGGGCUUUUGUAGCAAAUUGGAAAUGCAACUUGGAAUAUUUAUUAUGGGCAACGCCAACCUUUCCGCUAUCAAGAGGAGCCCAAAUGUAUAUCCACUUGUAAUUGCGGCCCAUCCAUCAGAAGCAAACCAAUUUGCAUUGGGACUAACAGAUGGUGGAGUCCAUGUCUUUGAGCCCUUGGAAUCCGAAGGAAAAUGGGGUGUGCCACCGCCUGUUGAGAAUGGGUCAGCUAGCAGCAUGCCCACAGCAACUGCAGUUGGAGCUUCCGGUUCAGAUCAACAGCAGAGAUGAUGGAGGUUCCACGGCACCAAGUUCUUUUAUUUGUGUAGCUUAGAUGACAUUUGACCUUUUUUAACUGCAACUUUGGCUUGAGGUUCAGGAUAAUUUACUCGAGAAUGGAUAGAUAGAAAGCAUAGACUCAACGUAUAGGAUAAAGGUUGGCAUAAAGCUAUAUGUGGCAGUAGUGAUGCAUCUUCCAUCUGGGUCUGAACUCCGGAGUCUUUUAAGCUAAAGCAGGAGUGCAACAUUGGACGGACAUAACAAGCUUGUCUGCAAGAAUGUUUAUGGGACUUUGCCAACCUCAGUACACGCUACUUGUAAACCUGGAUCAGCCUGGCUGUGCAAAAUUGGGAACUCCCUGUGAUUAUUUGGUAACCUGGUUGAUCCAGAGAAUUUAGUUGCCCGGCAAAUGUUUGCUAUAUCUACCUACCACAACGUGUAAAUUUUUUUGUUAAGCUGAGAAUAAAGAUACAUCAUACAUGGUGUCUGGUGAGGGGACUGAAGGUGAAGCCAAAAGGCUGCUGCGUAUGCUUUAGCUUUAAUGCCCCACUUGGGAGGGCUUCUGGCUUUGUGAGGACUGAGGCGGCCUUUCACGCAACGGCAUCUGGCUUUGUGUAGUCAGUAGUGAACCCCACCUGGACAGCCCGUAAGCCAAGCCAUGUUUGGUGAAAACCCCGGAGAGCCCAAAAUUACUAUACUGAAGCCUUCUUGUGGCUUCUCCAACCAAUCUCAGUUCAGACCUCCCAAACGAGCCUUAUGGAUGCAUGAAUAUGAAUACUAAAUUUGAACGCCAGUAUCCUCAAACUCAGAACUCAAAAGGAUGUCUUUAAGAUCCAGCAAAUAUAUCUUUUUCAUGUAAAUCUAAAUCUGGGCAUGUGGCUUAGGGGCGAGUUCAUCUCUGCAUAUGAGCCAGAGACACCUUCCGCAAUCUAAUCUGGGCAUGUGGCUUGAUAGUUAUAAACGCUUUAAGUCUGAUGGUACACCAGCAUACAUUGAUGAUUGAUCUCACACCAUGCGCAUUAACGAUGCUGAUUAAGACCUGUGAUGAGACGGAAUUCAGUAAAAGGACCAAUCGACCAGACCAGAAGAAGGCACGGCAAUAGAAGAAGACGCCGAGCUUCUAUUUAUGAAACUAUGACACAUUGACAUCCCAGGCCCAAGCAUAGAAUUAGUGAUGAUUUGAGGGACUGAACUAGUCCACAAGGAAGAACAGGAGUCAACUGUUAAUGUUGUUCGGAUUAUCUAUUUUUGCAGAGGGCCGGGGCUGUCUUUACCAGACGUGAUGCAUCUUUAUGAGAAGACACUACACAGAGCAGAAUCCGGAAUCCACUAAUCCACUGCUUGUCUGAACAAUGGCGACAAUCAUCGAUACGCUAACCUUACAUUACAAGUCAGAAUGGGAGCUCAUUGAGGAUCUCUCAAGUCUCAUCCUCCAGCUCAGAAGCAUGUAGCAUCAUCAAUAGAUUAUAAGAUCAAAGUAGUUUUUCUAAAAGUUUGGUCUCAACAACUUGGUUUUUCAGAGGAACACACCACGAGUAAUGUAAUGCUCAUGUUGUAAGGCAUGGAAAACCAGAAACUGGUAGGCAUUCCGAGUCCCAGUUAAAUGACAGUUUUCAUGAGGGCUAAUCACCCGGUUCACCAGUAAAACCGUGACCCAUUGACCAUUCUAGUUUUUACUUCGGGUAAAAGACUUGGGCAAUGUUUGGAACCAAUGCUAUUUUCUGAGGGGUAUUUUUUGAGAAAAGGGUGCUGCAUUGAUAUGCCAUUUUCUCAGGAAAUAAUUUUUUUUCCCUGUUUGGGACCA